UCUAUGGAGGACAUUAUUUCUCUGAGUCCAGACUCUAGAAACAACCCCAAAAAUGAGUGGAAGAGGCAAAACCGGCGGAAAGGCCAGAGCAAAGGCAAAGACCCGCUCAUCCCGUGCCGGGCUCCAGUUCCCGGUCGGUCGUGUCCACAGACUGCUGCGCAAAGGGAACUAUGCCCAGCGUGUUGGUGCCGGUGCCCCCGUGUACCUGGCAGCUGUGCUGGAGUACCUGACUGCUGAGAUCCUGGAGUUGGCUGGAAACGCUGCCCGUGACAACAAGAAGACUCGUAUCAUCCCCCGUCACCUGCAGCUGGCUGUCCGCAACGACGAGGAGCUCAACAAGCUGCUGGGCGGAGUGACCAUCGCCCAGGGCGGCGUGCUGCCCAACAUCCAGGCUGUCCUGCUGCCCAAGAAGACUGAGAAGGCUGCCAAGAAGUAAACACUCAACAAGAACUGCAAACAAACACAAAGGCUCUUUUAAGAGCCACCCACCAUACACCUUAAAGAGCAGAGCUUCUGAGACAGCUGUUCUUUUGAAAGAUCUAAGAAAAUACUCUCAUAAAUGGAUCUAACUUGUUUUAGUAAAGGUUUCAUAGUGACAAAGAUUCAUUUGGAAGUCUGAAACACCAAACUAAAACUUUCUAACUAAACAAAACUUCCUGAUGUUUUGUCUACGUUCAUAGUAAAAAAGAAUGACCUAAAUUUCCCGACGUUUUUAAAACUCUGGUAUUUUCGAGAAGGCCGCCAAGAAGUAAACACUCAACAAGGACUGCAAACAAACACAACGGCUCUUUCAAGAGCCAUACACCUUAAAGAGCAGAGCUUCACUGAUG